AUGAAUAAACCUAUACGAGUAAGACACCCCCUUUUUAAAAUUGCCAAUAAUGCAUUAGUAGAUUUACCCGCUCCUGCCAAUAUUUCAUCUUGAUGAAAUUUCGGUUCACUUCUAGGUCUUUGUCUUAUUAUCCAAAUUAUUACAGGACUUUUCCUUGCCAUACACUAUACUGCAAACAUUGACAUAGCAUUCAAUAGAGUUACCCACAUUUGUCGAGACGUAAACUAUGGUUGAUUAUUACGAACUCUGCACGCUAACGGAGCCUCUUUUUUUUUUAUCUGCAUUUACCUCCAUGUUGGGCGAGGAAUAUACUAUAAUUCAUUUUUAUACAUACACACAUGAAUAGUGGGAGUUGUAAUUUUAUUUCUAGUAAUAGGAACUGCCUUCAUAGGCUAUGUUCUCCCGUGAGGACAAAUAUCAUUUUGGGGGGCAACAGUUAUUACUAACCUUUUAUCAGCCAUCCCGUAUCUAGGUACAACUCUGGUACAAUGAAUUUGAGGGGGGUUUGCUGUUGAUAAUGCAACCCUGACCCGAUUUUUUACGUUUCAUUUUAUUCUUCCAUUUAUUGUUGCCGCAAUAACUAUGAUUCAUCUGUUAUUUCUCCAUCAAACUGGAUCAAAUAAUCCAUUAGGGGUAAAUUCUAACAUUGACAAGAUUCCAUUUCACCCCUAUUUUACAUUUAAGGAUAUUGUUGGAUUCAUUGUCAUAAUAAUAGCUCUUGUAUUAUUAACUUUAAUUAAUCCGUAUCUAUUAGGAGACCCAGAUAAUUUUAUCCCCGCAAAUCCACUUGUUACACCCGUUCAUAUUCAACCCGAAUGAUACUUCUUGUUUGCUUACGCAAUCCUUCGGUCCAUCCCGAAUAAAUUAGGUGGAGUAAUUGCCCUAGUUAUAUCAAUUGCAAUCCUUUUUAUUUUGCCAUUUUAUCAUCUCAGAAAAUUUCGAGGAAUCCAAUUCUACCCAAUUAAUCAAAUUUUAUUUUGAUUUAUGACUAUUACAGUAAUUUUACUAACCUGAAUUGGAGCUCGGCCUGUUGAAGAUCCAUACAUUCUCACAGGACAAAUUUUAACUGUUCUAUAUUUUUCCUAUUAUAUUAUUAAUCCGCUCAUUACUAAAUGAUGAGACACCCUUUUAGACUAG